AUGGGGGACACCCUGACAGAACCUAGACGUUUUGACCCUCAUGGGGCAUCUAAUGUCCCUCGCUGUAGGCUCCCUAAGGGACAAGUGGACUACAUAACCAGGCAUUUCACCACUUUCAUAGAUGACAAGACUAUGGAGGGUGUGUUAGAGGAAUGUCCUAUACCGGAGGGUAAGGUUUUUGAAGUCCCUCAUAUGGAUGGCAUUAUCGAAUCCCUUAUGGAACAAUAUGGGAUAAGUAAUGAGAAGGGAGCUGACAAGGGUCUAAGAUCCAUUCAGUCCAGGCUCAUGAGAGUUAUGGGUCCUUUAGGGGCUUUAUAUGCUCUACUUGAACAGGCCCGUAAUGAUCAGUGUACUGAGUUAGACUUCGAGUGUGUGAUUGAGCUAGUUGAGAAAACGAUAUGUUGCACAGGCCAAGUUAAUGUAGCCUUGAACUACAAUUGGAGGCUAGCUACAUUGUGCAAACUUACAAAGGAUCUCAAAAAGAGUAAAUCCUUGAUGAGAAAACAUGCCAACGUCUUCAGUGACACCGAGGCCCAAUUGUUUGGGGACGGUUUUCUGCAAGUCUUGAAAGACAUGGGAAAAAAUCGUAGGGAGGCUAGAGAAGUGGCUGAUGCACUUCAGCCCCCUAAAAAGAAACUGAAAUUUGUGCAUAAGCCAACAGCACAACCUAACCCUCCACAGUCUGCUAGUUUUUCCAGACUCAUGUUCAAGCAGCUCUUUCGGCCCGUGCCCUCGGGAGGCAGACAGGUUUCCGGGGGCGGAUAUACCGGUGGACUUGUCAGCAGGGGAGGUUUGUCCCAGUACAAGAGAGGCAAAAGGUAGGACCUAGCCAAAGAUGGAGUCCUGUGCUCUGACGAUCUCCAUUGUGUCGGACAGCCUGACAGUGUGGAGCCCUUUGUGGCUUGAUAGUGAUUUUUAAUACUCUAAUUCAAUUCCGUCCAGAUGCCAUGUAUGCAUUGUUUUGCUAUUGUUGAGCAUUAAAAUUAUUGUUGA